AUGUGUGCAGGUGAAGCUGUGUACGUUGAUGAUAUCCCUUCCCCAAAGGACUGCCUUCAUGGGGCACUUGUAUAUAGCAGAAAACCUUUUGCCCACAUAAAACAUAUUGAAGUUGAAUCUGCUUUAGCUUCUCCAGGAGUGGUUUCCUUUGUUUCAGUCAAAGAUAUACCAAAAGGAGGACAAAAUGUAGGACUUCAAGCAUUUUUUGGCGAGGAACCUAUAUUUGCUGAUGAUCUUACUGAAUACUCCGGCCAACCCCUUGGAGUCAUGGUAGCAGAGACUCGGAAACUUGCAAAAGCAGCUGCUGAUCAAGUGAAGGUAUCCUAUGAUACACAAGGUUUAGAGCCACCUAUUUUAUCAGUAGAAGAGGCUAUCGCGAGAUCUAGCCUUUUUGAGAUCCCACCAUCUCUUAUUCCAAAACAAGUGGGUGAUUUUUCGAAAGGGAUGGCUGAAGCAGAUUACAAGAUCCUUUCUUCUAGGGUCGAAACUGGAUCACAAUACUAUUUCUAUAUGGAAACUCAGACAGCAAUGGCAAUCCCUGAUGAAGAUAAUUGCAUAACUGUUUACACCUCAACUCAACUGGCUGAGAGUGCCCAGGUCACAAUCGCCAAAUGCCUUGGUAUUCCAGAGCAUAAUGUGCGUAUCAUUACGAGAAGAGUAGGAGGGGGGUUCGGAGGAAAGGGCACAAGAGCAAAUCUAGUUGCAGCGGCUUGCGCAGUAUCAGCAUUCAAGUUUCGUCGCCCGGUUCGCAUGUAUCUCGAUCGACAAACAGAUAUGAUAACGGUUGGGUCCCGACACCCAUUGAAGAUGUUCUACACUGUAGGAUUCAAAGUCGAUGGGAAAAUCACAGCUCUGCAUGUGGACUGUUUCCUCGAUGCUGGAUAUUCAGUUGAACUAAGCCCCCUCAUCACCUCCACCAUAACUGCAGCACUAAAAAAAUACAAUUAUGGAGCCCUUUCUUUAAACUUUAAGAUUUGCAAAACCAACUUCCCAAGCAAAUCAGCCAUGAGAGCACCUGGAGAUGUACAGGGUGCCUUCUUAGCUGAAACCAUCAUUGAACAUGUGGCAUCUACUCUCUCUAUGGAUGCCAAGUCCAUUCGAGAAAAGAAUCUCCACAACUUUGAAAGUCUCAAGUUGUUCUAUGGUCCUUGCGCAGGUGACAAACUUGGUUACACUUUGCCUCUAACUUUGGAGAGGUUGGUUUUGUUUUCAAAUUUUAACCAAAGAACUGAAGAAAUUCGAGAGUUUAAUACCACAAAUAGAUGGAGAAAGAGGGGGAUGUCAAUUUCGCCAAUUAUUUAUGAAGUCACCGUGAGGCCCACUCCAGGUAAAGUGAGCAUUUUAAAUGAUGGCUCAAUAGUUGUUGAGGUUGGAGGGAUUGAAUUAGGACAGGGGCUCUGGACCAAAGUUAAACAAAUGACUGCAUUUGCCCUCGGUCAGCUAUGGAAGGAUGGGAAUGAUGAGCUAUAUGAGAGGGUAAGGGUUGUCCAAGCCGAUACGAUAAGUAUGGUGCAAGGAGGGUUCACAGGGGGGAGCACCACAUCUGAAUCAAGCUGUGAAGCUGUUAGAGUUGCUUGUGUUGUUUUGGUCGAAAGGCUUUCACCAAUCAAAAAGAAAUUGUUAGAGAACGCACAAGAAGUUGCAUGGGAUGCUCUGGUUAAACAGGCAUAUUUCCAAUCAGUGAACAUGUCUGCAAAUGCAUACUGGGUUCCUGAUUCAAUCUCAAGUCAAUAUCUAAAUUAUGGCGCUGCUGCAAGUGAGGUGGAAAUAAAUCUUCUUACAGGAGCUACGAUGAUUUUACGAACUGAUAUUGUCUAUGACUGUGGGAGGAGCUUGAACCCUGCUAUGGAUAUCGGACAGAUUGAAGGAGCUUUUGUCCAAGGAAUUGGAUUCUUCAUACUCGAAGAGCAUGUCGUGGACUCUGAUGGAAUGGUAACAUCUGAUGGGACAUGGACCUAUAAGAUCCCCAUUGUUGACACCAUACCCAAACAAUUUAAUGUAGAGAUGCUAAGCAGUGGCCAUCACCAAAACAGAGUUCUCUCAUCCAAAGCAUCUGGAGAACCACCAUUACUAUUGGCUGGUACAGUUCACUGUGCUAUUAGGGAGGCCAUUAAAGAGGCUAGAAAAGAUCUUCAUUCAUAUAAAAGUUGCUCAAAUGAAAUCAUUGGGGAAGAAUGUUCAGCCACCUUUAGAAUGGAUACCCCUGCAACCAUGGAUGUGGUGAAGAAGCUAUGUGGGUUGGACAAUGUUGAGAAAUAUUUACAAAGUUUGGUUCAUCACCAUUGAGAAGCUCUCUCUCGUUCAUCAUCAUGAUUAUCUCUCUGUGUGUUUUUAUGUUUGUGUUGUUGCAUGUGUAUUGAAUGUAUUCACAGUAGCUUGCUCAUUGUGUCCAUAGAUAAGAAGAAAACUUAUGUUCAGUAUUAUAAAGGAUGUUACUGUGAUUGUAGACAAUGAGAAAUUACAUUUUGUUUACUCAGGUCACAAACACCCCAAUUUUCUAAAUGUAAUAUUGGACGGCUGUGGUGUAACGUUUCUCUACACAAAAACCAAUGAAUUUUUUCUCGGACC